GUAUAUAGAGAGUGGAACUUGUAUUAGUUUUUAAUAUAUAAGUAUUAACCAAUAAUGGCGUACAUUUAUAGCAAUAUGUUUAUUAUGAUAAUAGUGUUGAGCACUUGUAUGUUAACCGUAUGGACACAAUCCCCGCAAACUCCGGCCCAAUGCCGUGAUCUGUGUUCGCGAGCGUUCUGUAUGAGUGGACCCGAGCGCCAGAUCUGCCAACGUAUACGUGGGGCCACUUUCCUGGCCUACAAUCCCGACAAAUGCCAGUGUUGUCAACAGUGCGUGAAAUACAGAUCUGAGGGACAAGAUUGUCGAGCAGAUAAUUCAUUAGCCCGUGUGGUGUGCGCUCAGGGAUUGUUUUGUGAUCAAGGUAUUCGUUGCGUAGCUACCCGUGUCUAAAAACAAAACAUCGUGGUUGUUCAAAAAGAAUAAAUUUUUAUUUGCA